CGAUACAUUUCCUUCCCAGAGGCUAUGGAGGCUUUUGGAGGAUGCAGAUCUGCCCAUGGGCUCUCCGUCCCUCCCUCCCUCCAGUGUCCUCGCUCAGGGAGGGGAAGCUCAGGCGGAGAGCUGCCGAACUUUGGGUCGCGGCUGUCCCUCGGUUAGCAGAGCUGCGGUGUUCUCCUCGGGCAGGCGGGCAGGUGGGCGCGCUUUGCUGCCCCCUGCAGCUCGGGGGCCUGCGAUCCCCGCACAGGGCAUUCCGUCACCCCAGGCCCACGCUCUCCAGCCCACCGCCCUCCUCUGGACGCCGCGAGUGGAAGAGAGCUGCGAACUGAGAAGCCGUACUUUGGGCAGGGUGGAGGGCCCGGGGGCUGGAGACUGAGCCCCUCCGAGAGGAGCCGCCCGGCCCCGCCCCCCGGCGCAGCCAUUGGCCGCGGCGGAGCGGCUGUACCCGCAGCUCCGUGCACUCGGCGGCUCCUCUCCGGGAAGGUCCCCACUUGACAGCUCUGGGCGACCGGAGGUGGCGCCCAGAGGCUGCCCGGGAGAUCGGGGCUGGGCUGGCGGGGGCCAGGACCCCGCGCCCUCUCGGCCGCUCACUCGCGUCCACUCCCUCGCAGCCACGCCGGGCGCGCACUCCCACUCCCUCUCCGCACGCGGCUGCCGGGCGCGAUGGACGCGGCACUGCUCCACAGCCUGCUGGAGGCCAACUGCAGCCUGGCGCUGGCUGAAGAGCUGCUCUUGGACGUCUGGGGGCCACCCCUGGACCCCGAGGGUCCCUACUCCUACUGCAACACGACCUUGGACCAGAUCGGAACGUGCUGGCCCCGCAGCGCUGCCGGAGCCCUCGUGGAGAGGCCGUGCCCCGAGUACUUCAACGGCGUCAAGUACAACACGACCCGGAAUGCCUAUCGAGAAUGCCUGGAGAAUGGGACGUGGGCCUCAAAGAUCAACUACUCACAGUGUGAGCCCAUUUUGGAUGACAAGCAGAGGAAGUAUGACCUGCACUACCGUGUCGCCCUUGUCGUCAACUACCUGGGCCACUGCAUAUCUGUGGCAGCCCUGGUGGCCGCCUUCCUGCUUUUCCUGGCCCUGCGGAGCAUCCGCUGUCUGCGGAAUGUGAUUCACUGGAACCUCAUCACCACCUUUAUCCUGCGAAAUGUCACGUGGUUCCUGCUGCAGCUCGUUGACCAUGAAGUGCACGAGAGCAAUGAGGUUUGGUGCCGCUGCAUCACCACCAUCUUCAACUACUUCGUGGUGACCAACUUCUUCUGGAUGUUUGUGGAAGGCUGCUACCUGCACACGGCCAUCGUCAUGACCUACUCCACUGAGCGCCUGCGCAAGUGCCUCUUCCUCUUCAUCGGAUGGUGCAUCCCCUUCCCCAUCAUCGUCGCCUGGGCCAUCGGCAAGCUCUACUAUGAGAAUGAACAGUGCUGGUUUGGCAAGGAGCCUGGUGACCUGGUGGACUACAUCUACCAAGGCCCCAUCAUUCUCGUGCUCCUGAUCAAUUUCGUAUUUCUGUUCAACAUCGUCAGGAUCCUAAUGACAAAGUUACGCGCGUCCACCACAUCCGAGACAAUCCAGUACAGGAAGGCAGUGAAGGCCACCCUGGUGCUCCUGCCCCUCCUGGGCAUCACCUACAUGCUCUUCUUCGUCAAUCCCGGGGAGGACGACCAGUCACAGAUCGUGUUCAUCUAUUUCAACUCCUUCCUGCAGUCGUUCCAGGGUUUCUUCGUGUCUGUCUUCUACUGCUUCUUCAAUGGAGAGGUGCGCUCAGCCGUGAGGAAGAGGUGGCACCACUGGCAGGACCAUCACUCCCUUCGAGUCCCUGUGGCCCGGGCCAUGUCCAUCCCUACAUCACCCACGCGGAUCAGCUUCCACAGCAUCAAGCAGACGGCCGCUGUGUGACCCCUCGGUCGCCCACCUGCACAGCUCCCCUGUCCUCCUCCACCUUCUUCCUCUGGGUUCUCUGUGCUUGGCAGGCUCUCGUGGGGCAGGAGAUGGGAGGGGAGAGACCAGCUCUCCAGCCUGGCAGGAAAGAGGGAGUGCGGCAGCCAAGGGGGACUGCAAGGGACAGGGAUGAGUGGGGGCCACCAGGAUCAGCGCAAGAGGGAGCAGAGGGAAUUCACAGGACCCCCUGAGAAGAGCCAAUCAGAUGUCUGCAGGCAUUUGCCCAUCCCAGCCUCUCUGGCCAGGGCCUUACUGGGCCCAGAGCAGAGAAGGGCCUGUCCAACACACACAGCUAUUUAUAGUAGCAGACACAGGGCUCCCCUGCCCUACUCAUGGAGCCAGCAGCCAGGCGAUGGUGUGGCCCUGCACUGGCCCUUGGCCUCCACACUCAGUGGUGCCCCUGCAGUUGGGUGGGGUAUGCCAGCAAAGGAUCAGUUUGGCUGCCUUAUCCCAGGGGCUGUCACCUAGAGAGGCUCACUUGUACCGCAUCCUUGUUCCUCUGUCCCCUCCCCAGCCAUCCUCCCACCUUGGGGGCUCCAUGAAGGAUGCGGGCUUCCAGGCCUGGCUUCCUCUCUUGGGAGACCCCUUCUCUGCCUAGUCCACAGAUUAGGGAAUCGAGGAAGACGCCAUCAGGGCAGCCACAUCCUUAGGUCAACCAGUUGCAUCGUGCGGGGCAAAAUGAGGAGCAGAGGCAUGGAGGAGGGAGGCGUGGGAUGGGAAUAGCAGAGACCAACCAUGUCUUCGGUGAUUGAAACUCAUACCCCAUUGCCCUUUGCCCUCCAGUCUCCCCUUCAGAAACAUCUCUGCUCUCUGUGAAAUAAACCAUGCCUCUUGGAAGUGGCCUCCCCUCAGGUCAAGUCACCCAGGCACCCAAAGAGCGGUGUGGGCCGAGGAUCGUGGCUGGGUCUGAGGGGCCACAUCCAUCUUCCUUAGUGGACUCGGGCCCUGGCCUCGGGCCAGUUCUCUCUCUGACCUCUGGUAGGUUUGGAGUCUUUAUGGUCAAAGCACCUGCAGGUGGGUCUGUCCCUUAUCACUCCAACCAGGCUAAUACCUGGCCCCAGCCCCCAACCAAGGGCAGUUUGAUUCAGCCUGGAGGAGGUGUGGAGCUCAUCCAGCAAGCCAGGGCCUGUCCCAAAGGCCAAGGCUCUGGAAUCUGGUGGGCAGGGUAUACAUGGCCCCUCAGUUGACCACCAGGGCAGCUUCCAGGCUUGGCUUCCGUCCCUGUGUCCCUCCAGCGGAGCCGCAGGAGUCAGGGAGAGAGAAGCAUCAGGCCAUUGCUUCCAAAAGGAACCAAUGCUCUAGGUACCCCCUACAAAAAUAAGUUUUGAAAAAUCAUGUAUCCCAUCUUGCACAUUUUUAAGUUGACAUGUAGUAUUUUUUACUUAAGUUUUAAAUCCUUCAAAGGUGUGAUUUCUGCCAUUUUGUAAAUAUUUACAUUUUUAAAUAAAACUGCUGCAACAAUUUAAAAUACAUCAAAUGAAUUCUGAUCACCAUGGUGAUUUAACACCCACCCUCAUCUAUUUUAAAAACACCUGACCCAGCUCUCCUUCUUCUUCUUUUUUUUUUUUUUUUUGAGACAGGGUC